AUGACGCCAUUUGAGGUGUUUACAGCCGCCAGAAGAACCAACACCAACAGGAUUCUAAAACUACGGUACAGAUCAUCUCCUGUUCUACUGGCCAUACCACUCUCUGCCAUUGCCUGCCUUAUUAUAAAAAGUCUAUUCACUGACCCUUCAGUCGCUGCAGCAUAUUUGGCCAUCCUAUACGUAGCAUACAUAAUAUUUAUUCGGGCCUCUAAUGUUAUAGGAGAGUAUGACACGGGCAAUGCAUGCGUAAUAGCCAUAUACUUCACUCUUUCCAAAUGGUCUCUGCUUGGGUUCGUAGCCCUGCACGUAUACUCUCCAUACAGCCUAAUAUUCAUUAUAAAUAUGGUUGUGCCUGACUAUGCAUACAUCCAUGCAAUGAUUCUUCUGUUUGCCGGGUACCUCUCACUGUUUCUAACAGAUGCACAGCCAUACACCAAUAUUGCCAUGCUAUAUCCUGUGGUUCUUUUUGUUCUGUCGCUGCUUCACUUUCUUUUACUCUUCCAGGAAGUGUCUUUUAAAAGAUCGAAAAAAAUACUGGAUCUGCUUAUUACUGCAUGCAACCUUUUCUUUAUGCUGUAUUUUAUCUCAUACUGGGGCAUGUAUCUGUACACGCAUGUAUCCAAUAAGGACAUUACAAUUGCAAUGCACUAA